CAUCAACAAAAUACCAUGUUGCUUCCCACUUGGUUUUGCUUCUUCCUCUUCCAGUUCUGCGCCUCCGCCGCCUCUGCGGUGGCACCCACCUCUUCUCUUACCGAUACCCUAAACCCAACUGAAUCCAUCACAGACGGCCAAAUUGUCGUCUCAAAUGGAGGAAAUUUCGCGUUGGGCUUCUUCAGCCCUGGCAUUUCCAGUUACAGGUACGUCGGAAUUUGGUACCACAAAAUUCCUGAAACCACCGUGGUUUGGGUCGCCAACAGAGACAACCCAGUCAACGAUUCUUCCGGAGUUCUCUCCCUGGAUGGGAAUCUAGUCGUCUCUUCCCGUAGCGAUCAGAGACGUCCUCUCUGGUCCACAAAUGUCUCCAUAAGUUCCGACACCACCGUUCUGAAGCUCCUUAAUACCGGAAACCUGGUUCUGUACAGCGGCGGCGAAGGGAAUAGGAUCUUGUGGCAAAGCUUCGACCAUCCUACACACAUGUGGCUUCCUGGCAUGAAACUAGGGUUGGACCGGAAGACAGGUCUGAACCGGGUUCUUACAUCCUGGAAGUCCAAAGACGACCCUGGCCGUGGGAUCUACUCGUACGGGUUCGACCCACGUGGGUUUCCCGAAAUGUUCUUAUACAAGGGAUCGGCCACGAUUUUGCGAAGCGGUUCCUGGAACGGUCGAGUUCUGAGCGGUGUCCCAGAGAUGACCCGAGCCUACCUCUUUAGUUACGCUUUCGUCAACACCACCGACGAGCUCUACAUGAUCUACGACAUCAAUAACCCCUCUAUCUUCUCCACUUUCGUUCUGAACGACUCCGGAACAGUCCAGAGGAUGACGUGGGUAGAUAAGAAUCGUCUAUGGAACAUAUUCUAUACGGCACCCAGAGAUAACUGCGAUGACUAUGGACACUGUGGGGACUACGGAGGCUGUAGCUCGGACAACCCGGUGGAGUGCUCAUGUCUGCCUGGUUUCCAACCUAAGUCUCCUAGAGACUGGUACUUGAGGGAAUGGUCAGAUGGGUGUGUGAGGAAGAGAAGACUUGGGUGUGGUAAGGGAGAUGGGUUCUUGAAGUUGGUAGGCGUGAAGCCUCCUGAUACGACCAUGUCCCUUGUCGACAUGAAUCUGAGUCUCAAGGAAUGCGAGCAAGAAUGCUUGAAUAACUGCUCUUGCUUCGCCUACGCCCCUGCAGAUAUUACCGGCGGUGGUGGUGGCAGUGGCUGUGUUACUUGGUUUGGCAACUUAAUGGACAUUCGAUAUUUUAGUGAUGGUGGCCAGGAUUUCUACCUACGUGUGGAUGCAGUGGAGCUAGCUGCACAAGCAAGAAAAGAUAAAGGAAUUCUUCACAGCAAAGGGAGAGUGAUGAUUCUUACGUUGUCUCUAGUUGUGGUGUUGCUUCUCUUCGCUGCAAGUGUGUAUCUUUUUCUGAAAAAGAGGAAAGGGGCAACUGAGAAGCGGCGGCGGCGAAGCGGAUUCUUAAUUGAUUUCAGAACUAGUUCAAAAAGUUAUAAAAACUCCCCUGCAACUUAUGAGCUUGAAGACAAUGGGACGAAUCCUGAUUUACCAUUUAUUGAAGUAGAUGUUGUUGCAGCUGCCACGGACAACUUCUCUCCUAUUAACAAGCUUGGACAAGGAGGUUUUGGUGCAGUCUAUAAGGGUCGGUUGUUCAAUGGGAAGGAGAUAGCUGUUAAAAGAUUAUCCAGGAAUUCAGGACAAGGGAUGGAAGAGUUCAAAACUGAAGUUCUAUUGAUUGCCAAACUUCAACAUAGAAAUUUGGUUAGGCUCCUAGCUUAUAAUGCCCAAGAAGAAGAAAAGAUGUUAAUCUAUGAGUACAUGCCUAACAAAAGCUUGGACUUUUUUAUUUUUGAUAAAAGUAAAAGGGCCUUGCUCGAUUGGAGAAAACGAUUUGAAAUCAUAGUUGGAAUUGCUCGAGGUGUUCUAUAUCUUCACCAAGAUUCCAGGUUGAGAAUCAUUCAUAGAGAUUUGAAAGCUAGCAAUGUGCUGCUAGAUGAAGAGAUGAACCCGAAAAUUUCAGAUUUCGGUAUGGCGAGAAUUUUUGGAGGAAACCAAAGUCAAGCAAAUACAACUAAAGUUGUUGGGACAUAG